CUUUCAGUCUCUCGACUCAGCCUCCUUGGUGCCAGGAUUACAGCUGCUUCCUUGGCAUGGGGGUGAAGAGGAGCCUUCAGACUGGAGGCAGUUUGCUUAAUCUCUUGACCAGCAUCCUCACAGUACUGUCCACUGCUACCAACUACUGGAUCCGACAGCCCGGGGGCCACAGUGGCCUGUGGCAGGACUGCACCCAUGGCAUCUGCUCCAACAUUCCCUGCCAGAACACCCUGGCGGUGACCGCAGCAUGCAUGGUGUUGGCAGCGACCUUCAGUAUCAUAUCUUUGGGGUUGGGGAUCAGGAUUCGGUGCCAAGAGGGCGAGUCACUGCGUAGCAAGAAUACCAUUGUCUUACUUUUUCUCAGCGGGCUGCUGUUGCUGAUUGCUUUGACGGGAUACACUGCAAAGAACGCCUGGAAGCACGAAGUCUUCUUCUCCUGGUCCUACUUUUUCGGAUGGCUGGCUUUACCCUUCUCAUUUCUUGCGGGCUUCUGCUUUCUGCUGGCGGACAUGAUCGUGCAGAGCACCGAAGCCAUCAGCGGAUUCCCAGUGUGCCUGUGAAUGCGGCCUGACUGGGGGGAAUAAAG